UACUAUUUUAUUGAAUAUAAUCAUCAAUUAGCGUUAAUAAGAUUAAACGAUGUAAUUAUCAGUAUAAUUACUAAUAUAAUCACAGCUAAUUUGUCAAUAGAUUUUUUUAAUUUUUUUGAGGAAGUACAAAGUAGUACACUUAGAAGUCAAGCUGAUAAAACUAAAACGGACCUGUAAUAUUUGUUUCAUGUAUAUGAUCAUUUAGUUAGUACUAUAUUUGAAACUACUGCUUUAUUUACAUUCAUUUACUAAUACUAAGUAAAACUGAGAAGUUUGUAGGAAGUUAUUAUGAUAAAAGUACUUACAACAUAAUAGCAAAACUCGGUCAAUGAUAAUUAGUAUCUUUCUUUUAUUUCCAAAUGUAUAUAAUCUGUAGUUAAAAGAGUAUCUCUUUAAAUUACAAAUAUCAGCGUUACAUAAGGUAUCUGUUUAAGAUAUCAAUUCAAUGUUUUUACUUGAUAGCUUCUUAUAUGUUCGUUGUGCAGAUGUUGACAUACUAUUGUAAACAAGAUAUGAGUCUUUAAAUAAUGGUGAAAUCGUUACAAACCUAUAUAAUUAUUAUCAAAAUCUUUGUUUCUGUAUAGAAAAUUGUAUAAGACCCUGUAUAGAAUUGAAUUUAAACCAUUAAAACUAUAUGGGUAUGCAUUCAAGAAACUUACCUUGGUGACAAUAGCCAAGUGGUUAUUGAAUGAACACUGAUGUGUGUAUUGACAAACUCAGGCAAGCAAGUGUCCAUGUUACAAAGUGCAUCACCUCUUUCAAUGGAAGUUCUAAAUGCGGAUAAUACAAAGAAACAAGAAAAAAAUGUCGGCCGCGAUGGUAUAUCGAAUACGCAAAGAGUAUGGACGAGUUUGGUUGCAGGCGCUAUUGCAGGUGCAUUGGCGAAAACUACGAUAGCACCGUUAGAUCGCACAAAGAUAAACUUCCAAAUUUCGCAGCAACCGUAUACUGCGAAAGCUGCAAUUAAAUUUAUAGUAAAAACACUUAAGACAGAAGGCUUAUUAAGCUUAUGGCGCGGAAACAGUGCAACGAUGGUCAGAAUCGUUCCAUAUUCGGCUGUUCAAUUCACCGCUCAUGAACAGUGGAAAAGAAUUCUUGGUAUAAAUGGAACGGAAAGAAACCAACCUGGAUUGAAUUUUCUUGCUGGAUCCCUCGCGGGCAUAACGUCUCAAGGUACAACUUAUCCCCUGGACUUGAUGAGGGCGAGAAUGGCUGUGACACAAAGGGCUGAGUACAAAACAUUGCGGCAGAUAUUUGUACGCAUUUACGUGGAAGAGGGAAUAAGGGCCUACUAUCGUGGGUUCGUUGCAACGAUACUUGGUGUCAUUCCUUACGCCGGUUGCAGUUUCUUCACCUACGAUCUACUCAGGAACUUUUUGACUGUGUACACGGCGGGCUACUCUAUUUCUGGAUUCCCAACAUCGCUGAUUUGCGGCGCUAUUGCUGGAAUGGUUGCACAGACUAGCAGUUAUCCUCUGGACAUCGUUCGAAGAAGAAUGCAGACAUCGGCAAUCAAAGGCCAGCACUAUCACACGAUCAGUUCGACUAUCAUGAAAAUUUACAGAGAAGAAGGUUUAAUGGCCUUCUAUAAAGGCUUGAGCAUGAAUUGGGUGAAAGGCCCGAUUGCUGUAGGAAUUAGUUUCGCGACGCAUGAUACGAUUCGCGAUACAUUAAGAAAAAUUAUCAUCUAUCAAAAUUGCUCUUCAAGAAAGUGCGGUUGAAAAAGCUAAAGAAAAUGGUUAAUCAACCAUUAAUAUAGGAUAUCUAAUUACAGAGGCGAUUAUAUAUAUUUUUAUCUGCUGUAUAGUACUUUCAAGUACGAAGUACAUAAUAGAUUUAAACACAAACUUUAUUAGCUUACCCUACUCAAGUGGAUGGUAAAAUGUCUUAUUUAAACAUGUACAGAACUGUAAGAAAAUUGUAAUGUAAUUGUAUAGAUAUUUGCCAUAAAGA